CCCGCGGUGGACGUUGUCGCCGUCGGCACGGUGACGGGACGAAUCAUCAUUCACAACAUUCGAUUGGACGAGACGCUGAUGAGCUUCACGCAGGACUGGGGACCAAUCAGCUCGCUCGCUUUCAGAACAGAUGGUCCUCCCAUUGUGGCAUCCUGCAGUCCUCAAGGCCACAUUGCAUUCUGGGAUCUGGAGCGCCGUCAGCUUGUCUCUCAGCUGAGACACGCCCACAGCACAGCCGUCGCCGCGGCAACUUUUGUGCACGGAGAGCCGCUAUUGGUCACGAACGGAGCGGACAACGCCAUAAAGGUGUGGAUAUUUGACCAGGAAGGGGGCGGAGCCCGACUGUUGAGGAGUCGUCAGGGUCACAGUGCCCCCCCCACAACCAUCCGUCACCACGGCAACGACGGAAAGAACAUCCUCAGUGCAGGUGAUGACCUACUUAUUUAUUAUUAAUAAUAUCUGGAGCCUUCCUUCCUUCCUUCCUUCCCUAAACACUUUAAGGAGCAUGCCGAU